AUGCCCUCUGAGAAACCACAGUUGGAUCCUGCUGACAGGACUCUUGCAGAGAAAUAUGGAGAUAUUUUCAGCCUUCGUCUCUUUGGUGGAAGGGUUGUGGUCCUUAAUGGCUACAAGUCUUUGAAAGAAGCCCUGGUCCAACAAGGAGAAGACUUCACAGAUCGUCCCUCCGUACCGUUGUUCCAGGAUAUAGUUCAGAAUAAAGGUAUUGUGAUAUCUAAUGGUAAUCCAUGGAAGCAGCAGAGGAGAUUUGCUCUUCAUACACUCAGAAACUUUGGUGUGGGCAAGAAGACUUUGGAGCUGUUCAUCCAGGAGGAGUGUCGAUAUCUCACGGAGGCUUUCGCAGAUCACCAAGGAAAGCCCUUUAAUGUCCAGUCACUGAUUAACAAUGCUGUGUCCAAUAUCAUCUGCUGUUUGGUGUUUGGACAUCGAUUUGAGUACACCGACAAGCAGUUCCAGUUUAUUCUUCAGACCUUCAAUGAGAUGGUGUAUUUGGAGGGAGGUAUGUGGGGACAGAUUUACAACACAGCACCCUGGCUGAUGAAGCGGCUGCCUGGACCUCAUCAGAGGAUAUUCACUCUGGCACAAAGCCUAAUUGACUUCAUAGAAGUCAAGAUCAAAGAACACAAGGAAAACCUCGACCCCUCAUCACCAAGAGACUACAUCGACUCCUUCCUCAUAGAAAUGGGAGAGAAGGAGGACAAAGAUGCUGGUUUUGAUCUCAAGAAUUUGUGUUUUUGCACCAUGGACCUGUUUGGUGCUGGAACUGAAACUACUGCCACUACUUUAUGCUGGGGGCUGCUGUACAUGAUCUACUACCCUGACAUACAGAAGAAAGUCCAGGCUGAGAUAGAUGCUGUGAUUGGUUCAUCCAGACAGCCCUCCAUGACUGACAGAGAAAACAUGCCCUACACUGAUGCAGUCAUCCAUGAAACACAGAGAAUGGGCAACAUCCUCCCGCUCAAUUUGCUACACAUGGCAAACAAGGACACCACUUUGAGUAACUACACAAUCCCAAAGGGCACCAUGAUCCUGCCUACACUGAACUCAGUCCUUCAUGAUGAGUCGAUGUGGGAAACUCCACACUCCUUCAACCCUCAGCACUUUCUGGACCAGGAUGGUAAAUUUAGGAAAAGGGAGGCCUUCCUUCCCUUUUCUGCAGGUAAGCGGGUGUGUCUUGGUGAACCUCUGGCCAAGAUGGAGUUGUUCCUCUUUUUCACCGCCCUUCUUCAGAGGUUUUCAUUCUCGCCACCUGCUGGAGAGCAGCCCAGUCUGGAGUUCAAGCUGGGAGGCACUCGCGCGCCUCAACCUUAUCGCCUCUGUGCCACACCAAGAUAAACCACUAACUACCCCACUGAAGCACCUUGUACAA